AUGGUAAAGGAGCUACCGAUCCGCAAGGACUCCGUCAGACUAGAUCUGCCGCCAACGCCGCCUUUGACAAGUGAAAGCUCUUCAGAUGAAGUCGAUGCGAGCAGUGCUUCGUCUUUCACCGACACUCCGAAUCCCCCGAAGGUAGACUUUCCCCUACCACCGCCUACGACAAUACCCACACAAGUCCUCAAAGAAGAUUCCAAAACUCCAGAUGGAUGGCUGGCCCGAGAUCCACGAUUAAUACGACUGACCGGCGUCCAUCCCUUCAACGUCGAAGCGCCGCUAUCUGCCCUGUAUGACGAGGGCUUCCUCACAAGUCCGGAGUUGUUCUACGUCCGAAAUCAUGGGCAUGUCCCUCGAGUAGAGGAUCAUGAGAUUCCUGAUUGGGAAUUCACUGUCGAGGGAAUGGUCGAACAACCUCUCAAGUUGACCCUGCGUGAACUCAUCGAGGAAUACGAGCAACACACCUACCCUGUCACACUUGUCUGUGCAGGUAAUCGGCGGAAGGAACAGAAUAUCGUCCGCAAAACGAAAGGAUUCUCGUGGGGUGCUGCUGGUGUGUCGACAGCUCUCUGGACUGGCGCCAUCCUAGGCGAUGUCCUCAGAAAGGCGAAACCUUUACGAGGCGCCAAAUAUGUCUGCAUGGAAGGCGCCGACAAAUUACCCAAUGGAUUUUACGGCACAUCAGUCAAGCUGAACUGGGCCUUGGAUCCCAACAGAGGCAUGAUGCUCGCACAUAGAAUGAACGGUGAUGUUCUUCGUCCGGACCAUGGCAAGCCUCUUCGCGUCAUCAUUCCGGGCCAGAUCGGCGGCCGCAGUGUCAAAUGGCUCAAGAAGCUGAUUGUCACAGCCGAGCCAAGCGACAACUGGUAUCACAUCUACGACAACCGAGUCCUUCCGACGAUGGUCUCUCCUGAGGAAUCUGCCGCCAAGAAGGAAUGGUGGACCGAUGAGCGGUAUGCCAUCUACGACCUCAGCACCAAUUCAGCAAUCGCAUAUCCUGCCCAUGAUGAAAAAGUAAGCCUCACAAGUGAUGAUUCAACGAAGACAUACAACGUCCGAGGAUACGCUUACGGCGGUGGUGGACGUCGGGUGACUCGCGUCGAAGUCUCUCUCGACAAAGGCGUGACAUGGAUCUUGUCGGACAUCGAUUACGCUGAAGACCGGUAUCGGGACGCUGUUCCUCAAAAUCUUUACGGCGGUGCUGUCGAUUUCGGAUGGCGGGAAGCCUCAUUCUGCUGGUGCUUCUGGAAUGUGAAAAUUCCUGUCGCGGAUCUAGCCAAAGCACAGGACGUUCUUGUUCGAGCAAUGGACGAGAGCAUGAACCUUCAACCUCGAGACAUGUAUUGGAGUGUGCUCGGUAUGAUGAACAAUCCUUGGUACCGCAUUGUUGUCAAGAAUGAGGGCGGUGUCUUACAAUUUGAGCAUCCUACGCAGCCUGCUCUGAUGCCAGGAGGUUGGAUGGAGCGGGUCAAGAAGGCGGGUGGCGACCUGACGAACGGGUUUUGGGGCGAACAGACUGGUGGUGAAAUCGCGACAAAACCCGUGUUGGAAGAAAUCAAGGAGGUCAAGAUGACUAAAGAUGGCGUCAAUCGGAUGAUUACUCUUGAAGAGCUUCGUGCACAUGACAAGGAAGACGAGCCAUGGUUCGUUGUUCGGAACGAGGUUUACGAUGGAACAGCCUUCUUGGAAGGGCAUCCAGGCGGCGCUUCGAGUAUUAUCAAUGCUGCUGCACUGGACUCCACGGACGAGUUCAUGGCUAUUCACAGUGAGAAUGCCAAAGCUAUGAUGCCUUCAUACCAUAUUGGCACUCUUGACGAUGCUGCCAUUGCUGCUCUAGCGAGCGGAGACGCUGUCGAGACCGCAGAUGCUCCUCCGCGACCUAUCUUCCUCGAUCCCAAAAACUGGCGCAAAUCCAUCCUCCAUGCGAAGAAGGUAAUUUCACAUGACACUCGCAUCUUCACCUUCAAGCUCGACUACGACGACCAAGCGCUCGGCCUGCCCACCGGCCAACAUCUCAUGAUCCGCCUGCGCGAUCCCGUCACCCGAGAAGCUAUCAUUCGCAGUUACACGCCUCUGUCUGAGACUUCGAAACGCGGCUACCUUGAUGUACUCAUCAAAGUCUAUUUCGACACUCCCGGCUACGCCGGCGGCAAGAUGACGAAAGCCCUCGAUUCCAUCCCCGUCGGCCACCCUCUCGACCUCAAGGGUCCCAUCGGCAAAUUCGAAUACCUCGGACAGGGCCGCUACACCCUCAACGGCGUCCCCAACUUCUCUCCCGAUCCCACAUCCCUCGUCCCCUCCGUCGCGCCGCUUAAGACUUUGUACAUGAUCUGCGGCGGCAGCGGCAUCACGCCAAUCUUCCAAGUCCUACGCGCCGUACUCACCAAUCCCUCCGACCACGUCCGCUGCGUCGUCAUCGACGGCAAUCGCCUCGUCACGGACAUCUUGUGUCGGGAAGAACUCGACGGGUACGCACGCGAUUACGCCAAUCGCUGCGAGUUGCUAUAUCUCCUGACUCAGCCAGCGGACGAUUGGACGGGCUUGCGGGGACGUAUCGCAGCGCCCUUACUCAAGGAGCGUGCGGCAAGGGAGAAGCAUGCGGGUGGAGAAGCGAUGGUGCUGGUCUGUGGGCCGGAGCCGAUGGAGAAGACGGUGAGGGAGGCACUGUUCGAGGGAGGAUGGAAGGCGGAGGAGAUUAUUUUCUUCUGA